AUGGCAACACCGACUGAAAUUCCAUCUAUUAUUCACCUUAGAAAGCAGAUUGAUUUCAGUGAUUAAGAUCCAACCAUCGAAACUGCUGAACUUAUAUCUAUUGACUAUAUAUAAGAGCUUUAAGGAGUAGUUCUGACAUUUUCUAGUGGAUCUAUAUAUCUUUACAGAGUCUAGGAGCAUUAAAUAGAAGAAGCAGGUGUCCUCCCAGGUGGAAUUCUUGCAGCUAAAUGGUCGCCAAAUGAAGAAAAUUUUGUUGUUGCAAGCGGAAAUGGUAGAUUGCUUAUGUUUAAUGCUGAGUUUGAUGUUGUGUGUGAAACUGAUAUCGAUGAUAAUGACCUUACAUUUUGGAAUGUUAAGGAUCAAUCUUAGUAAGACAAAACUAUUUGUAAUGCUCAAAUCUCAUGGAGAGGAGAUAGCCAGAUUUUCAUUGUCAAUUACUAAAUAAAUGGUGGAUUCAAAUGUCUUACGAGAGAUGCAUAGAAUGAAAUGAAAGUUUCGAAAGGACCAGCUAGAGCUGAUGAUAAAUCAGUGUUCUCAGUGAGUGAAAAGCCUCUACCUCAGCUUCAUAAACCAGUGUGUUUUAUGGCUAAUGGAAGCCUUGCUGCAGGAUAUUCUAAGAGAACUCUUCCAAAUAAACAAAUUAAAAAGGAGAUUGUCCUUUGGGAAAGAAAUGGCCUCAGACAUGGAGAAUUCAGCUUACCAGACCAAGAAAUAGAGGUGCUAGGUCUAGAGUUCUCUUAGGAUUCUAUUUUACUUGCUGCUAACUGUUAUCACCAAGAGAAGAACUAACACUCUGUGAUGGUCUUCACCAGAAGUAACUGGAAAUGGUAUUGCAAGCAAUAAAUCUUUGUUGAUAAUAAGCUUUCUACUAUGAAAUGGUUAUUUAACAAGAAACAACAAUUAAUUCUUGUCUAAGUAAAUGGAAGAGUUGAUUUUAUUGAGUUUAAUUAGAACUAUCAGACCAGUAGCUCCAACUUUAAUCAUCAUGGACUCGAUAAUUUCUCCUAUACUGCUGUUGUUGACUAUAACUUCCUAAAUCUAACUCCAUUGGGUAAAUUUUUAAUGCCUCCCCCAAUGUUUGAGAAGUAGUUACAAAUUCAAGGAGGAGUACCUUCAUGCUUCUACAUGUAUGGGCAUCUUGCAGCAGCUUUAACGCAAUCUGGCCAGUUGACUCUAUUCAACUGUGUUGAUCACCAAAACAGCCUAAGAGUAUUCGACAUAAAUGCUUUUGCUAAGGGUCCAGAGGUCCAUAAAAUAAUUAUCUUGAAAAAUAAUGGCUCAGACUUAAACAGUGUAAUAGGAGUAUAAAUUAUCAUUAUUGAGAAUCUUUCAGACUCUUAAACUGAGGAGAGGUUGAUUGUACUAGAGGUAUCAGCACAGUCAGAGCUGAAGCUAAUUAAAGAAUUAAGAGUAUGCAAAGUCUAUAGUGCUUGUAUUAAUACCAAGUAUCACCACUCUGGAUUCAAGCAGCAAUCAGAAUUUCAGCAAGAAAACAACUAUUAUAUCACAGCUGAAAGUUCAAAUGAAGACAAACCCUCUGCAAUGUUCAACUUCCAUUAAUAAGAUUCUGACAAUGACUAUAUCUUAGUUCAAACAAUCGAGAAAUAAGUUCAAAAGGUAUUUUUAAAUCCAGAAUCACAAGAAAACAUUGAACAAUUGUUCCAAAUGGCUCAUUUGUGUUUCAAAAUUAACACAGCAUAUUUAUCUGGCAAAGAAAUAGUCAUUGGAUUAACCCAAAAUUUAAGACUCUAUCUAAACGAUAAAUUAUACUCUAAUGAAUGCACUUCUUUCUAGCUGAAUCAGUUUUUCCUAGCUUUCAUUAAUACCACCUCAGGCCUUUCUCAUGAGCUGUUUAUAUAUGAUCUCAAUAGAAUAUUACCAAAACCACUCUCAGGAAACAAAAAUGACUCACCUUAGUUAGAUAGACUAGAAGAUGAUAGUAAUUUCUUCGUGAGAGCAGUUGAGAGGGGCUCUAGAUUAGUUGUUAUCAACGGUACAAAGACAAUCCUAUAAAUGCCUAGAGGAAAUCUUGAAGGCAUCAGUCCCAGAAUUAUUUUGCUUAAUUAGGUUAUUGAGGAUAUAGAGAACUUAGAGUAUGGAAAAGCAUUUAGAUUAUUGAGAAAUAAUAAAAUCGAUAUAAAUUUAAUCUACGAUGUUAACCCGGAGAAAUUCCUAACUAAUAUUGAGAAAUUUGUCAAAGAGGUUAAAUAGAUCGAUUAUUUGAAUCUGUUUAUCAAUUCCCUAAAUGAUGAAGACAGAGGUAAAGAGCUUGAAUUUAUGAGACCUCAAAAUGAAGAAGACCUUAUUAGGAAAAAUCAUAUUUAGUUCAUGCAUGAAGAUAUCGGUGGGGGAUUAACUGAAAAGAAGGGUAAAAUUAACAUGGUUUGCGAGGCAUUAAAGGCAGAAUUAGAAAAGAUUAAUCUGUAAAUUUUCUAUUUUUUAUUUUUAUAGUGGAAACAAAUACCUACUGCCAAUCCUUACUACAUACAUUAAAAAGCAGCCUUAGGAACUGAAGCAAGUAUUGAACUUGAUAAAGCAAAUGUAAAAAUCAGAAGAGGAAUAGAAUUUAGUUAAGAAAGUUCAAUGAAAAAGGAUGUUGACCCUAAAUCAGUUAAAUAAGGCUCAAGGGAUGCAUUGGAAUAUGUUUCUUGGCUAGUUCAACCUAAUAAGUUGUAUGAUGUUGCUCUCACUACCUAUGAUUUCGAUUUGGUUACCCUCGUUGCAACUCAAACUUAGAAAGAUCCAAAAGAAUACAUUCCUUACCUAAAUGAGCUCAGAUAAUUCGAUCCAAUUUAUAUGAAGUUCAAAGUACAUUUGGAUUUGAAGCAGUAUGAUAAAGCAGUAAAAAAGAUUGCUAAAGGGGGUGAAAAAUAUAUUGAUGAAGCACUUAGCAUUGUGAAAAAGCAUAGACUUUACAAAUAAGCUUUAGAAUACUAUAAAUAUGACAGUUAACUAGAGAAAAAAGUAAAACUUACUUUUGGUGAGUAUCUUGAAUCCAGAGGCUACAGUGAGGAGGCUGGAUUCCUUUAUAAUGCUUCAGGUGAGGUCGAAAAGGGACUUGAUGCGUUUAAAAAGAGUCUUAAUAUAGAUAUGUGCUUAUCGCUAGCUUAUCAGAAUAAAUUUGAUGAGAAAUAAAUGAGAGUAUUAAUUGAGGACUUAGUGGAAAGACUUUAAGCUAGUAGCAAAUUUGAAAAUGCUGGUGACUUAAUAAUCACUCUCUAGGAUUAUAGACCUGAAGAUGCAAUAGAUUGCUACAAUAAAGCUAAUAAAUUCUAGAAAGCUAUUCAACUAGCUACUAAGCACUAGAAAUAUGAACUUAUCAAUACUCAAAUAAGAACCUAAGUAAAGAUUGCUUUUGACAUUAAGAAAAAUUAACUUAUUUAAAUCUUGCAAGAAUUCGACAAGAGAUAUCUAAGGCUUAAGAUUGUUCAACACUAAAAGAAACAUAUUCCUCACUAGCUUAUGUAAAUGGAUGGUGGAAAUAAUGCCUUUAAGUUUGAUGCUGAUCAAAUGAGUUCAUCAGGAGCUUCAGUACUUUCAGAGUCAUAAUACUCAUCUUCAGGCAGAUCAAGUGCCAGUGGCUUUUCAGAGACUUCAAAGAAGAGUAUGAGACAAGGUGCUAAGAAGAAGGCUCAAAAGCAAAAGCUAAGAAAGAAGAGAACAGUCAAAGAAGGGUCACCUUUUGAAGAGGAAUUUUUAAUUGACAUUUUAAAGGAAGAAACAAAAGUAAGUAUUGAUGAUAAAAACGAAGUUAGAGAACUUAUGAAGUCCCUAUUAUACUUUGAAAUGAUUCAAGAGUCAACUGAUAUUCAUGGUCUUAUUGAGAAGCUGCUUAAAGCUCAGCAUAAUUGUCAAUCAUUAAGAUUAGUCGAAUAACAAUUCCACUUAGAGAAAAAUCCAUUUAUUCAAGAUGAGUUUCCGGAAGUUUUCAGUCAGAAAAAGAAAGAUGAUGAAUUCCAAAAAGUGCUUGCUGAAUGGUAGGAUGUCAAAUUCUUCAAGCAUUGA